AUGAAACUUGGAACGUAUAAAUAUUUGAUGUACACCAUUUCAGUUUUUGAGAUAUUCUAUUCGAUUUUAGAUAUUUUGGUAUCUCCAAUAAUUCAUUCUUAUGGUUCAGCUUUUCUAGUUUUGGCAAAAGAUUCGGAAUAUAUUUCCAAAGAUAUUCUUCUGAUUCUAGAUGCAAUAUAUUGUGGAUCAUUUGGUUCCUCAAUGGGAUUUUUUGCUAUUCAUUUCGUUUAUCGAUAUUUUGUUGCAAGCGGUAGUAAACUAAUCAAAUCAUUCAAUGAUUUUCAAGCAAUUUUCUGGUUUUCAAUUCCAAUUAGUUUUGGUAUUAUUUGGGGAAGUGUUUCAUAUUUUCUUUGUGGCCCAAAUAUUACAACCGACCAAUAUAUAAGAAACAACAUAUUGGAAGCUUUUGAUUUACAAAUCUCGGAUAUUAUUUACAUCGGACCAUAUUUCUACCCAAAAGAUGAAAAUGGUGUGCAUUAUAUUGAUUUGAAUCAUGUGUCCGCGGUAUUAAUUAAUUGGGCCCUGUUAACUAUUUCAUUUAUAACAAUUAUAACUUUCGGUUUGAAAUGUUAUUUCAAAAUCACAAAGCUUGUGAGAAACUCUCGACUAUCCUGUAAAUAUCAAAAAAUCCAAACUCAAUUAUUUUAUGCUUUGGUGACCCAAACAAUGAUUCCUAUAAUUCUAAUGCAUCUUCCCGUAUCAACAAUGUUUCUUUUCACAUUUUUCAGUAAAGAUAUUGGAAUGUUAAGUGACAUUGUUACUAUUACAAUUUCUCUUUUUCCGGCAAUCGAUCCUCUUCCAACUCUUUUCAUAGUUCAGGAAUAUCGGAAAACAAUUUUUGGAUUUUUUCGAAACCUAAUUUGGCGAGUUUUGGAACCUCAAAAUUGGUUUUUUGUAUCAAGAACAUCACAACAAUUAUCUAAUAAUGAUAUUAAUUUUUAA